GCCGGGCGGUGUCAGACGAAGAAAACCGGGAAGCGACCCGCGAGCCCACACACAGGGUGUCAUUUCCCGGGGGAUUAUUUUGAGUUAUUCCAGCGGUAUUCAGGUGUCACAAUGGCGCAGCAGGUCAGUGCUGAGGAAAUGGAGGAGAUCAGGGAGAGCUUCCAGAAAGUGGACGUGGACGGCAAUGGCUACAUCAGCGCCUCUGAGAUCGGCAAUCUCUUCCAGGAGUUGGGUUGUCCAAUACCUGGUUACAAAGUCAGAGAACUCCUUCAGACACUGGACCGAGACAAAGACAGCCGCAUCGACCUCGGCGAGUUCACCGCUAUUUUUAAGGAUAUGAAGGACGACCGCAUCGCCCAAGGUUUCAGAAAAGCUCUCAACAAGAAGGAAGGAAUCGUCGCCAUCGGGGGCACCAGUGAAAUCUCAAGUGAAGGAACUCAGCAUUCAAUAUCUGAGCAGGAGCGCUAUGCCUUUGCCAACUACAUCAACUCCACCUUGGCGGACGAUCCAGACUGUAAACACGUGCUGCCCAUCAACCCCGACACCGGAGCUCUGUUCAAAGCACUCGCAGAUGGCAUUGUACUUUGCAAGCUCAUCAACUAUUCGGUUGCCGAGACUAUUGAUGAGCGAACCAUCAAUAAAAAGAAACUGACUGCAUUCACAACACAGGAGAAUCUGAACUUGGCUCUGAACUCCGCCUCAGCCAUCGGCUGUCAAGUUGUCAACAUUGGCGCUCAAGAUCUCAAGGAGGGGAAACCUCAUCUGGUGCUUGGACUCCUCUGGCAGAUUAUCAAGAUCGGACUGUUCGCAGACAUCGAGCUGAGCCGCAACGAAGCCAUCGCAGCUCUGCUGGAGGAAGGGGAGAGUUUGGAAGAGUUGAUGAAAUUAAGUCCAGAAGAGUUGCUGCUGCGCUGGGCCAAUUUCCACCUGAAGAACGUUGGCAUUACCCUGACAAACUUUUCGGGGGAUAUUAAGGACUCCAAGGCAUAUUUCCAUCUGCUGGAGCAGAUUGCACCAGAUGGCAGCAAAGAGGACGUCGAAAGAGUUGAAAUUGAUAUGACGGGACUUUACGAGAAAGAUCUUACAAAGAGAGCCGAUCACAUGCUCAUGCAAGCCGAGAGGCUCGACUGUCGACAGUUUGUGACGGCGACUGACGUCGUGUCUGGAAAUGCUAAGCUCAACAUGGCCUUCGUGGCGACACUCUUCAACAAACACCCAGCUCUCAACAAACCCGAAAACCAAGACUGGAACGUGAUAAGUGAGACCAGAGAGGAAAGAACGUUUAGGAACUGGAUGAAUUCCCUUGGAGUGAGUCCGUACGUUCACCACAUCUACGGCGAUCUGCAGGACGCCAUGGUUAUACUUCAACUCUACGAGAAAAGUAAGGUGCCUGUGGAUUGGGACGGCAGAGUCAACGUCCCCCCAUUCAAGGCAGUAGGAGGAGGACGUAUGAAAAAGAUUGAAAACUGUAACUAUGCCGUGGAGCUGGGAAAGCAGAAAGCCGGUUUCUCCCUGGUGGGAAUUGGAGGACUGGAUGUCUUUGACGGGAAUCCCACUCUAACCCUGGCACUGGUCUGGCAGUUGAUGAGAAGGUACACUCUAAAUGUUCUUGAAGACCUCGGGGACGGAGAAGUUGCAGGAGAUGAUUUAAUCAUUACAUGGGUGAACAAGACUUUGGCUGAAGCCGGCAAGACUUCUUCAAUCAAAAGCUUUAAGGAUAAAUCACUCAAUACUAGUCUCCCGGUUUUGGACCUAAUUGAUGCGAUCCAACCCAACAGUGUCAACUUUGAGCUGGUUCACCAAGGAAAUCUAACAGAUGAAGACAAAGUCAACAAUGCCAAGUAUGCCAUUUCCAUGGCUAGGAAGAUCGGUGCCAAGGUCUACGCCCUGCCUGAGGACUUGGUAGAGGUCAACCCCAAAAUGGUGAUGACCAUCUUUGCCUGCCUGAUGGGAAGAGGCAUGAAGAAGGCUUAAGGGCGACAUGGAUGCUGAUGGCCACUUGUAGCGACAGACUUUCUUGUCCAGUUUGACUGAAAUGGUCAUUCUGUGGGAGCCAAAUGAGUACAUGGUGUCCAUUUAAUGGCUUGUUUUAAAAAAAAAUGGGUUGCGACUCAACUCUGCAAUAUGGGAGCCUUAAAUUCUAACCAGUGCAUGCGGCAAAAUGCCUGACUAUUAGAAGGGAUGACAUUGUUGUCAUGAGACUACUGUACAUGGAAACAUUUAUGCUGGAUAUUUCUUUGCCCUUACUGAUGCCAAACUAUUCUCUACCGUGUACCAAGUUGACAUUUUAUACAUACAAGGCAAUAGGCGUGUUAAAUAAAACUUUCAAAUGCAAUCUUUUUUGUGAUUUUUCAUAGCAUAUGUGAAUAUUAGAAUGCACCAUGAAACUUUCCACCAAGUUGAAAUCAUGAGUCGGGCUCUAGUUCAUACCUCUAAUUAGUUGGAUUUACAUUAUUAACUCAAUUUCAUGGUUAGAAUUAAAACUUGGGCUGCACGGUGGUCGAGUGGUUAGGUGCAGGCUUCA